AUGGUCAGCACAGCGAUCUGCAAGUCUACACUAUGGAUAUCUCUUUUACAUGGCUGCCUUUUCCUCAUUGCUGGUUCCGGUACAGAAGCUCCAACACAAAGUCCAACAUUGGAAAUGUCCUCCCAAAAAUUCAGAUCAGAAUUGCUUCAAGAAUGGCAUGCUUCACCAGAUGCUCCUUAUUUUGAUGCUAACACACCAAGAAAUAUUACUGGCUUAGUUGGUCAUCCAGUAAGACUGCUCUGCAGGGUCAAAAAUCUUCAAAACAGGACUGUAUCUUGGGUACGUCAUAGAGACAUCCAUCUGUUGACUGUCGGACGGUACACCUACACAUCGGAUCAAAGAUUCGAAGCACAACAUAAACCGAGAUCUGAAGAAUGGGCUUUGAGAAUAAGGAGUCCUCAGCGGCGAGAUUCUGGUCAAUACGAGUGUCAGAUAUCUACAACACCACCAAUAGGUCAUGCUGUUUUCUUAAAUAUUGUCGAACCUGAAACGAAGAUAUCGAGUGGUACAGAAUUAUUUAUACAAACCGGUUCAACGAUCAAUCUUACUUGUACGGUCAAACAUACCCCCGAACCACCUACAUCUAUCACAUGGACACAUAGAGAUCAGAUAAUCAAUUUUGAUUCAGCUCGAGGAGGGAUUUCUCUUGUAACAGAGAAGGGCCUCAAAAGUACAAGUCGUCUUUUAAUACAGCGAGCUCGAGGAUCAGAUGCAGGGUUGUAUACUUGCGGUCCUAAUAACGCGCCCUUGGCUGCCAUUAGAGUACAUGUGCUGUCUGGUGAACAUCCAGCAGCGAUGCAGCAGGGCUGUUCAAAAUCAAAUUUAGACAUUUCUGUUUCUUUGUGUCUAUUAUUUACAUACAUUUGCUUUUUGGACUUUUUCCAUUAUGAUACAUGA